AUGCAGAAAGCAACAUACUACGAUAACUCUGGACUUUUUGGGGGGUACACCUUCCCCAAACCAGACUCUUACAACUACGGCGCAGCUCAUCAGUCCUACCCUGCUGCUAACAUUGAGAAUGACUACCAGGCCUCAGUGUGUCCCAUCCAGACCUCUGCUGUCCGGCCACCAACCCUCAAAGACAGUGACCUGAACGGAGACUGCAUGCGACAAGGCAGCACUCAAAGCAACAGCAGCAGCCAAGCCACGAGUAUUGGGGAGCAGCAGGCACCUCCACUGUCUGCAUCCUCUCCCAGCCCCAACAGCUCUGCACCCCAGAAGAAGAAAUCCCCACCCAGCAGCACGUCCAGUACUGCCACACCAACCCUCACAAAGCAGAUAUUCCCUUGGAUGAAGGAGACCCGGCAGAACUCAAAGCAGAAGGGCAGCAACUGCACCAGUGGAGAGGUGAGUGAUGAGAAGAGCCCACCAGGACCAGCCUCCAAACGGGUCAGAACUGCUUACACCAGCGCACAACUUGUGGAGCUGGAGAAGGAGUUUCACUUUAACCGCUAUCUGUGUCGCCCACGGAGAGUGGAAAUGGCGAAUCUGUUGAAUCUCACCGAGCGUCAAAUAAAGAUCUGGUUUCAAAACAGGAGGAUGAAAUACAAAAAGGACCAGAAGUCUAAAGGGCUCGCGCACUCUCCCCUGGGACACUCCCCGGAUAGAAGCCCGCCGCUGAGUGGCCCAAAUCACAUUGGAUACUCUGGCCAGCUCCAAAACGUGAACAGCCUCAGCUAUGACGCGCCCUCGCCCCCGUCCUUCGCCAAACCCCAGCAAAACAUGUACGGUUUGGCCGCGUACACCGCACCCUUGGGUGGCUGCAUCCCGCAACAGAAGAGGUACCCGGGCCCAGAGUACGAGCACCACGGCAUGCAGAGCAACGGCAGCUUUGCCAACGCCAAUUUGCAAGGCAGCCCCGUUUAUGUGGGUGGGAAUUUUGUUGAUUCCAUGCCAGCCUCGGGCCCCAUGUUCAACCUCGGCCAUCUUCCCCACCCCUCAUCCACCAGUGUGGACUACAGCUGUGCCGCUCAGAUCCCAGGAAACCACCACCAUGGACCCUGUGAUCCCCAUCCCACAUACACAGACCUCACCUCUCACCAAGCGUCUCAGGGAAGGAUUCAGGAAGCGCCUAAACUCACGCAUUUGUAAUAUGUGGUUUCUGUGUGUGUGCGUGUGUGUGCGUGCGUGUGUGUAUGUGUGCCAAAAUUAUGUUGCGCUCUUUUUA